UGGGGCAUUAUGCGAUAAGUGGCGAAACGCGUAAGAGAUGAGAUUUAUGGAGCUUUAGGGUGUCCGGGGCGUCUGCGGGGAGGGGUGCGGUGAGUGUACUCCCCGAUCGGGAACACCGCCGCCGACCCCUCGGUGACCCAAAUCGGGGAGUGGGGAGCGGGUAUCAUUCACCGUGUGAAACUUGUAUAUUUUUUAGUUUUUCCUUUUUUUUUUGUUUUUUCCUUGUGAUUUUGUAGGAGGAUGAAGAACAAAUAAUUUGCAGGUGAAGAUGAAAGUGCAGGUUAAAAUAAAGAAGAAGAAGGGGAGGAGAAAGAAAGAAGAAGAAGAAAAAGAAUUUUCAAAUAUAACCCUUAAGUUUUAUUUUUAAUUUAAAAAACACUUAAAUUUUUUUAUUACUUUUAAAUAUACCCCUCAAACUUGUUUUUAGUUAAAUGAAAUGUUCUAUUUUUUUAUUUAGUUUUAAUUUAUUUAAAUUAUGUUUUACUUUUAUAAAAAUAUUUAUAUAAAAAAAAAAAUAAAACCAAAUCCCCAAGAGAGGAGUGCCGCCAUCAAAUUGAGGGUGUUGGGGGAGUUAAGUGGAGAGUUGACGUGGCACGUGCUGAUUGGAUGUGGGUAAGAGAGGUCACUCCCCACUUAGAGGAGUGCCCCUUACACCCUUAUAUAACUUGAGUGUGUAGUGAGGAUAUAUAUGUAUGAGGCUUUAUAUAUGUAUGUAUAUAUAUGUGUGAGAGUGGGGUAGAAUGGGUCACGCCGUGAUAGUGUUCGCGAGGAUUGAAAUUUUCUCACCCAUAGCGCCCCGUAAUAGUGUUUAUGGGCACUAUAGGGCGUUAUGGGAAGAUAUGACAUGAUAUAAGGCCCUAUUACGGAUGUUCUAAAAAGCCUUUACUACAACUUUAAAAAUAACACAUUUAAAAAAAACAAAAUAAAAUGCGGCUAGUUAGAAUUUUUGUCGGUAAAUGCAUGUUCAAAUAUGUAUACAAAACUCAAUAAUAUAAAAGAAAUUUGUUCCUUUUGAAAUAAAAAAGAAAAGGGCUUUUGUGAGUGAUUCGGAUUCUUUUAUUUUUAUGAAAUAUACAAAACCUUUGUUGCAUACAUGUGCCAUCUCUCUCUCUCUCUUGAUUGAUCACAAAAAAGAUACACGUACAACCGGGGAUAGCCCUCCUUCUUUUUUGAUUUAAUACCAUUUUUACAGAUUGAUUUGAUCUCAAAAAGCCAUUUUCAAUUCAUGGGCUUUUUCAUUCUCAAUGGCGGAGAACAAAAGCUCCACCUUUCUUCGUACCAAGGGCAUACAUUUCAGGCCCAUGAUCUUGCAACCCAUCAAUAUUAAUAUAUUCCGGGAUGUAAUUCUUUCACAACAUUUGCAUUGUGUCAUAAAAUAAUUAUUUCCAAGGUUUGAAAAAAAAAACAUUAUUUUUUUUCCGAUGAAACCAUCACCGGAAACAGGGCUGCCGCCGGCCACGGGUCACCGGAAAAAGAUGUCGAAACAAGUGACCGGAAAACGCGACGAUACACCGUUGCAUACAGCAGCCAGAGGGGGUGAUAUUAAUGCGGUUAUGGAUAUUUUAGGAGACUGUUAUGGCGAGGAAGAAUCGAUAUUAGUGUUGUCGAAACAGAAUUACGCCGGCGAGACGCCGCUGUAUGUCGCCGCGGAAUGUGGUCAUGUUGAUUUGGUUAGGCUUUUGAUUGAUCAAUGUGAUAUUGCAACUGCUAGUAUUAAAGCUAAUAAUGGUUUUGAUGCUCUUCAUAUUGCUGCCAAACAAGGAGAUUUAGGUGUGUUAAAAGUGUUGAUGGAGGCGCACCCGGAGUUAGCGAUGACGGUGGAUGUGUCGAACACCACGGCGUUGCAUACGGCCGCGGUGCAAGGGAACAUUGAUGUUAUGAACUAUUUGUUGGAUAUAGAGAGUAGUUUGGCGUCGAUAGCGAGAAGUAAUGGGAAGACGGCUUUGCAUUCGGCUUCGAGGAAUGGGCAUGUUAAUGUGGUCAAGGCGCUUUUGGAGAAGGCGCCUGGGAUAUCGGCGAGGAAUGAUAAGAAGGGGCAGACCGCGCUUCACAUGGCGGCGAAAGGGCAAAAGCAUGAGGUGGUUGAGGAGUUGAUCAAGGCGGAUCCGUCGUUGAUUAAUAUGGUUGACGCGAAGGGGAAUACGGCUUUGCAUAUUGCAGCGCGCAAAGGCCGCGUUCAGAUUGUUAAAAUGCUACUAGCUCGAAGCGAAACGAAUACAAGAGUCGUGAACAGGUCGAAUGAAACCGCCUUAGACACGGCCCAUAAAAUGGGGCAUCCCCACAUCGGGUCCAUCUUACAAGAACAUGGAGUCCCAAGCGCGCGGGUCCUAAAACCUCCAACGACUCCAGCCCGAGAGCUAAAGCAAACCGUCAGCGACAUAAAGCACGAGGUCCACAACCAACUAGAACACACUCGCCAAACUCGAAGAAGGGUCCAAGGCAUUGCAAGACACCUCAACAAAAUGCACGCCGAGGGACUCAACAAUGCGAUAAACUCCACCACUGUGGUGGCGGUGUUGAUCGCGACUGUGGCCUUUGCAGCAAUCUUUACUGUCCCAGGCCAAUAUGCCGAUGACCGGAACAAUAUACCGGACGGGUUUUCACUAGGUGAAGCGAAUAUAGCUCCACAACCAUUAUUUAUAGUCUUUUUUGUUUUCGACUCGGUGGCUCUAUUUAUAUCGUUAGCCGUGGUCGUGGUUCAAACGUCCGUGGUGGUUAUCGAAAGCAAAGCGAAGAAGCAAAUGAUGGCUAUAAUAAACAAACUAAUGUGGUUAGCUUGUGUGCUUGUAUCCGUUGCGUAUUUGGCACUUGCGUUCAUUGUGGUCGGGGAACACGAGAAAUGGCUAGCGAUUUGUGUGACGAUUAUAGGAACAACGAUAAUGGUCACGACUUUGGGUUUAAUGUGUUAUUGGGUCAUCAUGCAUCGGAUCGAAGAUAAGAAUAUGAGAAAACUGAGAAGGAAGUCGACGUCGGGUGGUGGAAGUAGUUCGAGGUCGAGGUCAUGGUCGAUGUCUGUACUCUCGGAUCCGGAAGCGCAUGGUACCGAGUUUAAGAAAAUGUACGCGAUUUGAGGGAAAAAAAUAGUUCUAAACAAAAUAUUUUUGGUCUUUUUGUUUAAAUUUCAUCCUGUUGUAGCAAAGAAAAAAUAAGCGUGGUAACGAGCUUUAAGUAGACCGGAUCACAUUGGACACAGAUAAGUCUAGUAAAACGGGUGAUCGGGUAACAGGUUCUCACUUCGUGCCAAUACGGGUUCUGAUCAAAAUGACCUUGAGUUAAAGUUAGUCGUUUUAGAAAAAGAAAAGCAUUAAAACGGGUCCAGCCACUAUAUUCUUUCAAGGCCUUUAGUGACGGAGGCAGCAACUACGCUAGUGGUUGCAAUGGGGUAACGCUGAUGGCAAUAUCGGUGCAGGUGGUGUAGCGCUGGUGAUGGUGGAAGCGGCGAUGGGGGUGUAGGUGGCGAAAUGGUGGUUGGUCAGAAGGUGACGAAGGCGGUUAUGGUCUCAGCGGUUGGGACAGUGACUGCAGCUGGGUGGUGAAGGCGUCAGUGGUUACAAUGGCGCCGACUACAGCAACAGUGGUUAGGGUGGCAUCGCAGCAGUGGUGUUGACAGCGACAGUAGAUGGUAGUGGUGGCAAGGCAACACCAGUGGUUUUAGCAACAACCAAACAUUGAUCAAUGAUGAUGAUGACCUAUUAGCAAGUUUCAUUAUUUUUUGGCUAAUUGUAUGAUUUGAGUAGACUAAAGCUUAAUACAUUAUACAAUUUGAGUUUA